CUAGACUAGCCCAGCAAUAGCCCUAGCUCUCCAGUUCUGCGCAUGUGCCGAGAAAGGGGUUGGGGGGGGGGGGGAAGCGCGCUUCCUGGGGUCCACCCCUUUUCUACUGAAGCCGGCAGCUGACAGCGCGAGCGGCAGCAGGCGCUGCAGGCCCGGCACGCGGGGACCCUGUGGAACGCUGAGGACCAGAGCCCAGCGCGCGCGCCUGAGGACCCUGUUGAAAAGUUGCAUGUUUUUGCAGCAGGAAUACUCAUGCACCAUAACCCUACCAGGACCUCAAGAAAUAGUUUCAUAUGUACUUGCACCAGGACUCUAUCCAAUAAUCAUCUCCUUGCACUAGGAUACUCUACCUCCUUGUACCAGAACCGUGUAAAAUAGCUGCCAUCCUGCACCAGGACCCUUGAGCUCAUACACCUUCAUGUUACACCAGGAUCACGUGGGAUAUUUGCAGCAGGACUCUUUGGGAUACUUGCUUUCCUUGCACAUUAAACUAGAAACCAGUGGGUAAUUCUUCUCCUCGCACCUGGAUCCCUUGGUCUCUUCUGCCUCCAUUGUUGCACCUUGUAAAAUUCUUUUGCCUCCUUGCACUGUCUCAUUUCCAUAACCAACAGACUCCUUGCUCGAACCACCUUCCCUGCAGGAUAUUUGCAAACAACUGCUUGCCCCAGGACUUGAGACAUUCUCCUUGCACAUACUCUCUCUGCAGUGCACUUCUCCAAGGAUUGUCUGCAUGCCAAAGCCUCAGGCUAGGGCCUCUGACAAAAAAAAUCAUUGACUAAACCAGACAGCUGUGAAAUAUUUGCAUGGUAAACCAUGGGUCAGCUCCCGUGCUCCACCUUUAGCCACACCUGUGGAAAACUCACUUGAUAACCACAGGGUGUCUGGGCACCAUAUUGCUCCAGACCACUGAGGAUCCACGCUAGACAUGAAUCCACUUGGUGGUGGAGCUUGCUGUUACCCCAUUCAUUUAGUCACCCUCCUAAAUUAUCGUUUCCCUUUUAUUUGUUAUUGUUUCUGGACGAUUAGAAUUUAAAGCUUCCAGGAAGUUAUUAGAUUUCUCCACGCACGCAUGCACCAACGCCAACGGUCUCCUGCCAAAAUGGCUUCCGUCCGGUUCAUGGUGACCCCUACGAAAAUCGAUGACAUCCCAGGGCUCUCUGACACUAGUCCGGACCUCAGCUCCCGCUCCAGCUCCCGGGUCCGCUUCAGCUCCCGGGAGAGUGUCCCUGAGACAAGCCGCAGCGAGGGCAUGAGUGAUUUCUCAGGGGCCACCACCUCGGUGGCCACUGUGGCGGGCGAACUGGCUAGCGACAGGACGUCCAAACCCCUUGACGUGGCGGAAGACGUGAGUCAAACCUCCAUCACAGGGGAACAGUGUCAGCUCUUAGACCCGGGGCGCAAGAAAGACAUCUAUCUCAACAGCACCAGCUACGAGGAUGGGGAUGAGUACUUCGACAAGAACCUGGCGCUCUUUGAGGAGGAAAUGGAUACCCGGCCCAAGGUGUCCUCCCUGCUUAACCGCAUGGCAAACUACACCAACCUGACACAGGGGGCACGGGAGCAUGAGGAGGCUGAGAACAUUGCAGAGGGCAAGAAGAAGCCCACAAAGACGCCCCAGAUGGGCACCUUCAUGGGCGUCUAUCUGCCCUGCCUGCAGAACAUCUUUGGGGUCAUCCUCUUCCUGCGCCUCACGUGGGUGGUGGGCACGGCCGGCGUGCUGCAGGCCUUCGCCAUUGUCCUUAUCUGCUGCUGCUGCACGCUGCUAACUGCCAUCUCCAUGAGUGCCAUUGCCACCAAUGGGGUCGUGCCGGCUGGGGGCUCCUACUUCAUGAUCUCCCGGGCGCUGGGCCCUGAGUUUGGGGGCGCUGUGGGGCUCUGCUUCUAUCUGGGCACCACCUUCGCCGCCGCCAUGUACAUUCUGGGAGCCAUCGAGAUCUUCCUGAUGUAUAUUGCCCCCGAGGCAGCCAUUUUCCGCAGCACUGACGUGCUGAAGGAGUCGGCAGCCAUGCUGAACAACAUGCGGGUCUAUGGCUCAGCCUUCCUCAUACUCAUGGUGCUGGUGGUCUUUAUCGGCGUGCGCUACGUUAACAAGUUCGCCUCGCUCUUCCUUGCCUGCGUCAUCGUCUCCAUCCUAGCCAUCUACGCCGGGGCCAUCAAAUCCUCCUUCGCCCCGCCCCGCUUCCCGGUCUGCAUGCUGGGGAACCGCACCCUCUCUGGCCGGCAGAUCGACUUCUGCUCCAAGACCCAGGAAAUGGGCAACUUCACGGUGCCCACCCAACUCUGGGGCCUCUUCUGCAACACCAGCAGGCAGCUGAACGCCACCUGCGACGAAUACUUUGCUCACAACAACGUCACCUCCAUCCAGGGCAUCCCAGGCCUGGCCAGCGGCAUCAUCACUGAGAACCUGUGGAGCAGCUACCUGCAGAAGGGGGAGAUCAUCGAGAAGCCCUCAGCCCCCUCCGUCGACGUGCUGGGGGCCAUGAGCCAGGAGUAUGUGUUGGCCGACAUCACCACCUCCUUUACCCUGCUCGUGGGCAUCUUCUUCCCCUCCGUCACCGGGAUCAUGGCUGGCUCGAACCGCUCCGGAGACCUGAAAGAUGCUCAGAAAUCCAUCCCCAUUGGCACCAUCCUGGCCAUCCUCACCACCUCCUUCGUCUAUCUCAGCAACGUGGUUCUGUUCGGGGCCUGUAUCGAAGGGGUGGUGCUGCGGGACAAGUUUGGCGACGCUGUGCACAGGAACCUGGUGGUUGGGACGCUCUCCUGGCCCUCGCCCUGGGUCAUUGUCAUCGGCUCCUUCUUCUCCACUUGCGGGGCUGGGCUGCAGAGCCUCACUGGUGCUCCCCGGCUGCUGCAGGCCAUUGCCAAGGACAACAUCAUCCCCUUCCUGCGGGUUUUCGGCCAUAGCAAAGCCAACGGGGAGCCGACGUGGGCUCUGCUCCUGACAGCGGGUAUUGCCGAGCUUGGCAUCCUCAUUGCCUCGCUGGACCUGGUGGCCCCCAUCCUGUCUAUGUUCUUCUUGAUGUGUUACCUCUUUGUCAAUCUGGCCUGCGCCUUGCAGACCCUGCUGCGCACCCCCAACUGGAGACCCCGCUUUCGCUACUACCACUGGGCGCUCUCAUUUGUGGGCAUGAGCAUUUGCCUGGCGCUCAUGUUUGUGUCCUCCUGGUAUUAUGCCAUCGUCGCCAUGGUGAUUGCCGGCAUGAUCUACAAGUACAUCGAGUACCAGGGAGCCGAGAAGGAGUGGGGCGACGGCAUCCGGGGCCUGUCGCUGAGCGCUGCCCGCUUUGCCCUGCUGCGCCUGGAGGAGGGGCCCCCCCACACCAAGAACUGGAGGCCCCAGCUGCUGGUGCUGCUGAAGCUGGACGAGGACCUGCACGUGAAGCACCCGCGCCUGCUGACCUUCGCCUCGCAGCUCAAGGCGGGCAAGGGCCUGACCAUCGUGGGCUCCGUCAUGGUGGGCAACUUCCUGGAGAACUACGCCGAGGCGCUGGCGGCUGAGCAGACCAUUAAACACCUGAUGGAGGCAGAACGUGUGAAGGGCUUCUGCCAGCUGGUGGUGGCAGCCAGGGUGCGGGAGGGCAUCUCCCACCUCAUCCAGUCCUGCGGCCUGGGCGGCAUGAAGCACAACACGGUGGUGAUGGGCUGGCCCAAUGCCUGGCGCCAGAGCGAGGACGCCCGCGCCUGGAAGACCUUCAUCAGCACUGUCCGGGUCACCACAGCCGCUCGCCUGGCCCUGCUGGUGGCCAAGAAUGUGGCCUUCUACCCAGGCAAUGCGGAGCCCUUCGCUGAGGGCAACAUUGACGUGUGGUGGAUCGUCCACGACGGGGGCAUGCUCAUGCUGCUGCCCUUCCUGCUCAAGCAGCACAAGGUGUGGCGUAAAUGCAACAUCCGCAUCUUCACAGUGGCCCAGCUGGAGGACAACAGCAUCCAGAUGAAGAAGGACCUGGCCACCUUCCUGUACCACCUGCGCAUCGAGGCAGAGGUGGAGGUGGUGGAGAUGCACGACAGUGACAUCUCAGCCUACACCUAUGAGCGGACCCUGAUGAUGGAACAGCGCUCCCAGAUGCUGCGCCACAUGCGGCUCUCCAAGACAGAGCGGGACCGGGAGGCCCAGCUGGUGAAGGACCGCAACUCCAUGCUGCGCCUGACCAGCAUUGGCUCUGAUGAGGAUGAGGAGACUGAGACCUACCAAGAGAAGGUCCAGAUGACCUGGACCAAGGAUAAGUACAUGGCGGCCCGCGGGCAGAAGGCCCGGACUCUUGAGGGCAUGCAGGACCUGCUCAACAUGAAGCCGGACCAGUCCAAUGUGCGGCGCAUGCACACGGCUGUCAAACUCAACGAGGUGAUCGUCAACAAGUCCCAUGAGGCCAAGCUGGUCCUGCUCAACAUGCCGGGUCCACCCCGCAACCCGGCGGGCGAUGAGAACUAUAUGGAGUUCCUGGAGGUGCUGACUGAAGGGCUGGAGCGGGUGCUGCUGGUGCGGGGGGGCGGCAGCGAGGUCAUCACCAUCUACUCCUAGAGCACCCCCUAUCCCCCCACUGGCCCCGCCACUUCAUUCCACUGCUGCCCUCGAGGGCAUGCCAGAAUUCAGUGGGGGCAUACCUGUAUGGAGCACAGUUACCCCACCUCUCUACCCCUACAGGGCAAGAAAGGGGGUGGCACCAAAGGGACUAGGGUAUUAGACCCAACAGGGCAGAGUCGCAAUGGGGCAACUCUCACAAAGCAGGGAUGGGAGAGAUUUUCCAUGGUGCCCGUCACCACACAGUGCCAAAGCUGCUUUGCUUCCUUUCCCUUUUAAGCUGCUGUGGAAGGGUUGUGUGCAAGCAGCAUGGUUGCUGUAGUGGUGCCUGCUGGGGGCAGGCCAGUGCCAGCCACUGAUCCAUGCCCGUUGCAUGGGGCUGAGAACCAGGAGAAACCACCAACUCAUCACAGGUGUGGCUUAACUUUUUAUUUCACAUUCACUCUUGCCCCAUAGCCCUGGGGUUGCUGGAUCCAGGGAGGGCACGGUGGAGGGGUCCCCACUACCCACCCUGGCUGCUGUUGUCUCCCAGCACUAAUCAUGGCAGGCUGGACAAGUGGUUUCUGGAGCCCCCAGGGCAGCCUUGAAACAGGCAAAUGCAAUCUCCUCUCCCUAUGUGGCUUCAAUUAGAAGGUAGGGCCUGGCAGCCACUACUUGAUCCUUGGGGGGAGGGGGGCUUUUAAUUUAUUGGGGGUCAAGCCCCAGUUUACAGUGUUGGGGAUCAGGAGGGAUUUUUUUUGCUCUGUACCAGAACUGUGUAAAGAAUAAAAUUUUAUACAUUAA